AUGUCGCCGAAGAGUGGGAAAACGACGAAGGCAAAGCAUAGGGAGUUCCAGAAUGGGCUGAGUCUGAAGCUCGUGAUUCUGUCGACCAACGUGUAUUUGACGUGCGAUUUUGAAGAUCAGUCGACCAUCCGCAUACACCCUCACGUCAUUCAUCGUAUGAGUUWUGUUCACGGCUGCUUCAAAUACUCCUGUCACGAUUGUACGGGCUCAGAAGUCGACCUCACACUUUACGAUACGAGACGUUCCCCUGUCUUUUCGCUGUUCAUCGGCAGCCGCUUAAACCACUCGAGUCCAAGCUCGGAGAACUUCCAAUGUAGCGGCCUGAACAACGAGACAGAGGAGUGCUGGGAAGAUGAACGUGGCGAGCGAUGGCUCAAUGGUGCGAGGAGAAUGAAUGCUCGGGAGAACGAUCAAGACGGUAUGAUUUGGGCUGAAGAAACUGGAGAGGUCUGGCCGACUUGGAGGGACGAGACUAGACAAGCUUGUUAA